CUCGUAGCCCCUUCGCCCGAACCGUUUGUUGACAAUAGAAAAUGAAGGAGAUUUCUGAGCAAGUGUUUCUAUAAUCGUCUUUAUAAUGAUGGAUAUAGGUAACAAUGUAUCAAGCAGAUGGCCUCUGCUGCUUGAUAUGACCAAAGAAGAAUGCAAAAAAUCUUUACGGGCAUUAGAGCUGUCUGCAUACAGCCAGGUAGUAUCAGUGUUACGAGCACAGGGAGAGCUUACCAAGGAGAAGAGAAAGCUGUUAAAUGACCUGCAGACAAUAUUUUCAAUCACGCUGGAACGACAUCGUGCUGAAAUUAGAAGGGCAGUCAACGAUGAGAAGCUAAACACUAUAGCUGAUACACUGGCAGGGCCUAACACAGGAGUAGAAUGGGCUGUUGAAGGUAGACGCCUCAUACCCUUGAUGCCAAGAGUGCCUCCACAGACUGCGUACACUGCCAUUGCAACUCGUAUGGCAAUGCUCUAUUAUGGCAUUAAUUCAAAGAUGCCGCCACCUACAUCUACUGCCAUGUAUGGGAAAAUGGACAAUCUUGGUGCUGAAUCAGAGGAUACUGAUUCUGAAGAGGAGACAGAUGGCCUCAGGUUCAUAUCAGGACCCAUGGUUCCCCCACAAUACAACAGCGACCAGGGCUCCUACACUACACUGCCCCAGUCACAGGCCCGUCUUGCCAAGCUCCCUCCUAAAGAAAAUCGUGAGAAUCGGGAGAUGCCCACCACGACGGUCUCAGGGUCGGGAGGUCCCAUGAGCGUUCCCCCAAACACAAGCACAACUGGCGGCAGCAGCGACAAGAGAAAACGAAAGCGGUCGCAGUCCACCGACCACCCUCUUCCCCCUCCGCCCCCACCCCCCGCACCGAGAGAGCACACUCCAUCUCCUGGAACACCAACAAAGCAGCUCAGUAGUAUAGGUCGAGCUGUUCCGGGACCCCCAAUGAAGAUUACUGUGACGGGGAAUGUCACACGUGGCACUCCUGGGACUCCUGUGUCUACCCUAGGGGGCCAUACACAAAAGGUUAUAUUAGUGUCAACAUCAGGAGCUAGUGGUGUGGGAGGUGGGAUGUACCAGCGCUCCCUCAGUGUCCCAGUGAUGAAAGGAGGGACAGGUGCAGCUCAGACAGUAAUGCGAGGCGUUCCCACUGGCCCUGGGGCAAUUCCUGCUACUCAAAUUCAGCAAGCUGGAGGUAACAUUGGCUCUGGAAGUAUGAUUGUUCCUUCAACUUACUCGAGUGGUACUCCAACUGCCUCAGCGGGUAUGGUUCAGUCAGUUAUGCCACCAGGAACCUAUGUCAAUAGAAUGAGGCCGCGGGUCCCAAGCAGUGCUCUUCCCCCAAGGCCGCGUCCGCGAUCAAACUCUCUUGUACUUCAAACAGAACCAGGGAUAACACAGAGAGGAGUGGAGUCAGGGUCAGUCAGUGGAGGCAGCAGUCUAACCUCCAGCAGCCACAUCAGCACCAUGGCCUCCUACUCAGGUGGCCCCCCAAGUAUAGUGGGUCAGGCUGCCUCUCAGCACAGCUUGCAGCCCACACAUCUUAUGACUCACCAGACUAUACAGGUGCGACCCGGCACUCCUGUUACGCCAGGCAAGACAGCCAUACAGAUACGUCAGGAAGGCACAGCAGGAGCAAAAAUCAUCACACACACUGUAGCAGGCAGCAGUAGUACCAUGGGGGUUCCCAGUGGUAAUUCAAGCUCAGGAGGAGGAAGCAGCAGUGCAGGAAUUGGUCCCAGUGCCCCGAAUAGAUUAGUGGGUAGAACGCCAAUCUUGCCACCUAGUUCCCCUCAAGGCUCAGGUGGGCCCCUCUAUGUUGUCACAACCAACUCAGGAACAAUUACGGUUGUCACUCGGACAGUUGCCGCAGGGCAGGGCACAGGACCUCGGGUGGUCACGGUAAAUACCAUCAACGCACCAAAGUCUUCAGUUAGUGGAGUUCGUACAGCAUCUCCAGCAACUGUUGUAUCUGUGGGGCCUAAAACUGUGCAGACAGUUAGAGUAACUCCUCAAGGCCCAGCUGGACUCAGGCCUGUUCUUGGCGGCACAAAAUCCAAUGUUAUUGUUGUUCACAAAGGAGCCCCUCCUCCAGGAACACGCCCAGUGGGUAUUCAGGGCAUUAGGGAUGUUCCUACAAAGAUUACCAUUGGGAAGGGCCUUAGCAGCAGUGGCAGCACGACUGUCCUGCAGAAGCCAGCUGGCCCACGGGGAACUGUGACAGCUUCCAGUGUGACCCCCAGCAGCAGUACCCCAACGUCCCAGGGCAAUGUCAUCGUGGUAGAUCUGAGUCCGGAGGGCAGCACUGUUAGCAACAACAAUGCCCUGGCAGAUAUCCUACAGGCAACAGGUAUACUGGGUGCAGGCGGACCAAGUAGUGUUGGUAGUGGGAGCAUCGCAGCUGGUGGUAGUGGUGGCGAUGACGUAGGCAGCAAUGAGGGGGAAACCCCAAGAGUCCCUCCUUCUUCUUGCUCGGUUCCAUCUCUCUCAGGGACAGAAUCCACUUCUACAAGUUUGGCAACAUCUACUCGAUCUUCCACCCCAACAGUCAGCCAGUCUGUCAUGUCAGCUGAUGGAGCACCAUCUGUGAGAGCCUCAGGAAAUAACGCCACCAGUCAUAAUACAGUCACUAGCACAGUGACACCUACGAGCAGUCUGUCUGUGAGCACCCUGCCCAAUGCUGUCACCUCCUCAGCGAGUGCAAUCAUUACCACAGCCUCCGUGAGCAAUAGCAGUGGCAGCAGUAGUGGCUGUGCUAAUGAAGGGGGGGGAGGCAAUGGAAGUAGCAGUGCAGGCAGUGGCGAAGGGGACGGAGAGUGGCUGAACUUGGGUCUGAGCAGUGAAGAUUCCCCAGGACAUAGUCUGCCUGAGGGACAAAUGCAGAUGUUGGAGGAGGCAGUAGAGAUCCUAGGCCGAGGUGACAAGGAAUCAGCAAGGAACCUCCUACGACAAGCAGGAAUAGAACUGCUAGACUCUCCUGGAGACUUGGGAGAACAAGGAGGGGAGGCAACAUCAAUGGCAAGCCUGAUGGCAGGCCUAGCCAGCCAACUACCUGGAAGCCAUCUGGAUGAGGGCCCCAUGCCACCUGUCGGAGAGCUUGACCCUGCAACUGGUCUUUUUUACAACCCCUCAAGCACGGAGAGCUCUUCUGACACCAACAGCAAUUCAGCAUCAGAAGAUCUGGAGACAACGGAAGAAAGAGAAUCUCAGGAGUAGUGGCACUUUCUCGCCAGCUCUGAAAAGCCGAAAGAGAACGAUAGUAGCUAUAUUUUAUAAAUGUCCCUUUAUGGUAGAUGAAAGUAUUCAGCAAUAUAGAGUAUAUUUCAGCAGUUUCUAUAUCUUCACAUUUUGUGUAUAUACUACCAUAAGCUCUUUGCCAUCUUGUAUCUAUUUAUGUUUGACUUCCAUUUUGUUGUAAAAGAAAAUUUAUAUGAAAGGUCUAUGCUCACUCAAGGUCACAUGUGAAUAGAUUGUUUUAUUUUCAUACAGAGCAUGGGUCAAAUGACAAUAGUAAGAUAUGCUAAAUCUUUUUUUUUUUCUUUGUUUAGACAAGAGUUCUUUUGUCUAUAAAGUACUUUUAUAUAUAUAAGUAAGUCUUUGGAUACAAUCAGGAAAAGUGUCAUAGGUUCAUGAAUCAAGAAGAAACAUUGUCAGUGGUCUCAGUAAAUGUUGUAAAUAGAAUCCUGGUUUCUUAAAUUUCUAUCUCUUCUCUUCUUUUCUUUUCUCUUCUCUUCUCUCCACUCCUCUCCUUUCUUCUCCUCUCUUCUCUUCUCUUCUCUCCACUCCUCUCCUUUCUUCUCUUCUCCUCUCCUCUCUUCUUCUCUUCUCUUCUCUCCUCUGCCUCCUGCCUUUCCUUCAGUUAAACCAGAAGCUUCUGUAUCAACCUGGUUUGCCAAUGCAGUGAUAUGAAUAUAUCUGUUUUUUAAUAUGAAAUCAGUUUUUCAUAAUCAAGAAGAAAUCCAAUUCAUUCAGACUUAUAGAAUAAAAUUUUAGAUUACUGGUUUUGUGUCUUCUGUGUCUAUGUAUAUAUGUGUACAUAACAUAUAAUGUAAAGUGGCACCCUCAGAUUUGUACAACAUUGUUUACUCUACCCUGCCUGGAAAGCAUGUUAGUGUAUAUACUGAUCAGGAUGAAUCAAUUUACCCAGUGAUGAUAGUGUGUGUUUUAUAAGGUUUCAUUAGAUUUCAUCUGCACAUUAUGAAUUUUCCUCAUUCUCAUGUUUUUGAAGAUAUAAUUGCAUCUGGGAAGUGGUGUGUGGAUUUGAGGUUUGACAGUUGAUAAAUGUUUUUAUCAUUGGCAAGUCGAUUAUCUUACAAGAUAUAGUUUUGAGGUUCAGGAUUGUUAAAGUUUGCUUUUUUUUUCAUUUAUUUGUAUUCUAUGUACAUGUUUCCAUGUUACAGAUAUUUCAAUCAUUUGUACUUGUUUUUUGCAAGUUCUAUUAAAUGUGUUCCAAAUUCAUUGGCACCAGAAACUGCGGGCAGAUUCAUGUGUGUUUGUUUUGUGUGUAUAUAUGUGUGUAUGUGCGUGUAUGUUUGUCUGUCCCUCUGUCAGACUGAGUCUGUGGCUGUUUGUUAAAAGAAAGUAUAAUGGUUGUGCUGAGAUUUUUUUUCUUUUUUUUUCUUUUUUUUUUUCCUGUUGGGCUUUUAACAUGAUCAGGUGCUUCUCAACUCGUAUAGCGUAGCUGAAAUGUACUUACAAAGUGUAGAAUCUUCCUAAAGGGAGACACAAAAGUGGUAUAGUCACUUGGUUUUACAGUUGUACUGACCCCACUUGAUAAAUAUCAGGACCUCUA